AUGAAGUUGACAGUUUGUUUUGGCGACACAAAAGUCGUAGUUCCAUGCGGGUCGGGAAAUCUAACAAUUAGGGAUCUAACGCUCAAUGGUUUGAGAAGAGUCAGACAUACUUUGCCGAAACUUGGUGUGCAGGAUCGAGUUGUUGUACACAGCAUCAAUGUUGCAAGAGAUGGUGGUAUGCUGGAUUGGGAUGAUUUAGUUUGUGAUGUGCUGGACGAUCGUGAAAUGGUUACUGCUCACUUUUCAAUUGCUACUUUGGCAAACAAUCCCAUAGAUUCCUGUCCAUUCCGGUCUACGGCUGGUGUCGAUUCUAUAUUUCCAACGCUUUCCACGCCUUUAGUCAUUGACUUAUGUUCUGAUAAUGGUACUGGACCUUCACUUCGUAGUACUUUACAGCCAAAUGGUGUUAGGGGAACUGGAGAUAAUGUGACAAAUUUUGCUUCUGUUUGUGAUUCUGGAUUAGAACAAACCGAUACAAAUGGUCAUAUUGCGAACAGAAUUUUGCGUGUUGGUGACAGGAGUACAAGCAGUAGUAACUUGAGCUUGAAUUUAAGUAAUGACAGUUGUGGAAUGCAUCAGCAAAGUGGAAUACAAACGUCUCACUUUACAUGCGAUUCUCAUGAAUGGCUUCUAAAUAACGAUUCAUUUAAGGAUUCUAGUUCAGGAAUUCAUUCCAGUAAUAAUUCGAAUUGUAUUACAACAUCGUCUUCUGAUAAUCGAAGACAGUGUUUCCCCUCGCUUACAACACAUUCACCAUCCCAGUCAACAUCUGUUUGCUGCAAUCCAUCGUCUAAUACAUGUGAACAUCCAAAGAAUCUAAUGGUUCCAUGCAGUAUUCCUUGUAAUAAUAGUAAAAUUAUUGAUAAUAAUACUACAAAUACACAUCAAUCGCCGAAAACAACAUUUCCACCAAACGUUGUCGAAAUGCUCUCAAACGUUUUAUCUCGCCGUCGUGAUCUUAUUGAAUCGGGUUGGGAUUCUGAUGAUGAAGAUGAAGAUUUAGGCGAUCCCGAUGGAGGUUAUUCAUGUGAUGGUCAACUUGCAGAGCAAACAAAUGGAUUACCCUCGUCACCCAAAAUUGAUGCAGUUGUUCAUUCAGGUGUAAAACACAACAGUUGCGAUUUAACACUCAAUUCGUCGUUAUCAAUAGGAAACCGGCAUUGUUCAGAGAGCAUCAAUGAUAAUAAUAACAAUAAUAAUAGUAGUCAACUUCAUGUGCAUACAAAUAAUAACUUCUCAAUUGUACAACAUCAACCGACAGUUAAUACACCAAACAUAUCUUGUGAAAAAUUAGGUGCUCAAUCUGCUCCGUUUAAUGCAGAUAUUUGGCCAUUGCCUUCCCCCCCCCCUCCGCCUCUUCCAACUCUUUGUCCGUCUGACAGUGAACAUAUUGAUGCAUCUGUCAGGAAACAUCAGCAAAGGUCAUAUUCUCCACUGGAUGAAUAUCAUAUUGGCAUAAAUACUGAACGACUUAUACGUGCAGUUCAGAGUCAAAAUUCUUCUUCAUCACUCGAUGAAUUCACAAGAACUUUUGGAACUUCAGAACAGUUGGAUUGUACAUCUGUUUGUGAUUUAGGAUCUACUUCAUUCAAUAACUCAUCAACACAAAUUCCAAAUCUUAGUUACGCUCAGCCUAAUCUAAUAACACCCUGUGAAGGUGUUAUUCAACAACCUAAUAUACAAGAUUUAUCAAAUACUUCUAUAACAACAAAUAGUACAAUUAACAGUUGUUUAAAUCAACCGAAAAUAGAUAACAUACCUAAUUUUGUACAAUUCAAUCCCCCUCAUCUUGUAUGCACCAAUAACUCGCCAAAACCUUUAAUUUCACCAAAUCGUCCUGUCAAUGGAUCAUGUUCUCGACCGAUAGCACGUUUAGGAGCAGCAUUUCAAGCCAAUUUAAGUGUACCAACUAUAGUUGAAGAGGAAGAAGAAUAUUCUAUUGAUUCUGAAAGAAGACUUCCAAAUGCAUCUGAAAAUAAAACACAUCUGCCUAUUGAUAAAUUGUUACAGUCUACAAAUAUAUCCAUGCCUAAUGAUAAUGUGGACAUUAAUGAUACCGUUGAAGAAGACUAUCCUCUUUUACGAAAAGACUAUAUUUUAGAAAAGGACCAAAAAACAUCAGAAAAACAAUUUCCUACAUUACAUGUAAAUACAGCUAGUGAAUGUAAUACUAAUUCAGAUGAGUUGAUACGUUUAUCUGAUUUCCAUAUACAUUCAAAUGAUAAUUCAUCGUUUAUAACACAUCGAUCUAGUCGUGGCUUACCUACACCAGAUGUUCUUCGUUGGCUUGAAGAUACACGAGAUGCUACUAUGAAUUGUACAACAGAUAGUAAAUCAAAUUUAUCACAUCUUUCAUCCUCUGGAUCAUUAAAUCAAUCUGAUUCAAUUUCUACUGAUCGACAAAAACAACGAAAUUAUGAUAAAUCUGAAAAGAUAUCAUUCAAUGGAAAUGAUUCACUUUCAAUGAAUAAAUCUCAGGAAUCACUGAACACUAAAGAUACUAUACUUAUUCGGCUAGUGAAUACAAAACGUGGUGAAAAUUUAGGCAUUCAAAUUAAACCUGUUUUCUCUGAAAUUAUUGAUACUAAUAAUAGUGAUAUUUAUUCCGAUGAAAAUAUGGGGUCUAGAAUUGAAUGUGGUCUUGAAGUACACAAUGUUUUACCAAAUGGACGUGUAGCUCGUGAACAAUGUCUCUCCGUCGGUGAUCGUAUCUUAAGCAUUAAUGGAAUUUCGUUAAGUGGAAUACCAUUUGAAAGAGGUCGUGAUAUAUUUCAAGCUGCUUUAAAUGAACCAGAAAUAAUACUUCGUGUACUUCCACGUUCUGCUUACCACUAUGAUAGUCCUACAAUGUCUAUACAAAGUCAUGAAAGUAUUCAAAAGAAUACAGAGAAAUCUGAUAAACCUUCAUGUGGUUUAAUUUUUGUUGUUAGUGAUCCUACUUCGAAAGGUAAAGAAUGUGAAGCAAAAUCUAGUGUUGUUGUAAGUCAAUUAAAACCAGUCCCACCGCCUCCACCUCGUCGUUCACCCAACACUGUGUUGACACGUAUUCCAGAAGGGAUUAUUAAACCAUUGAUAGAUGAAUUUUUACAAGAGAAAAAACAAAGAGAAGAACAAAAAGCAGUGGCAGCGACGGCGGCAGCAGCAACAACAACACAUCAUCAACACACUCCGCUGAACAGUACUCAGUCAUCAAAUCAUCCUGUUGAAAAGUCAAUAAAGUCUGUGAAUAGUUCACAAAAUGAGAAUAAUCCUCAGUUCAGCACUCAUACAAUUCAAUUAUGUAAAGGGUCGAAUGGUCUUGGCUUCAGUUUGACCAGUCGUGAGGUAACUUCGUCGUCGAAUGAUACUACUACUGCUACAUCGAAUCAAAAAAUUAUCUGUGUUAAAAAUAUACUUCCUGGUGGUGCAGCCUUAACUGAUGGCCACUUGAAGCCUGGUGAUAUUUUAGUCAAGGUUGAUGAUAUUUAUGUGAAUGAAAUUGGUCAAGCACAAACAGUUGCAUUAUUACGAAGUAAACCUGUAAAUACUGUAGUUACUUUAGUUGUCAAUCGUUUGGAACAAUCUGAUCCUAAUCCUUCAAACAAUAAUAAUAAUAAUAAUAAUAACAGUAAUAAUUCUAGUCAUAUAUGUGUCCCAGAUUUGAAAGCAAUCCAGUCGUCUGUUGUAUGUACAAUUUCAUCUGGUUGUUGUAUUAACACUAUUAAUACUUCUAUUAAUCCUAAUGAACAAUCGACAAUGUUAACCAAAUCCUCUGUAUCUUCAUCACUGUCCUCAAUAUCACAACCAUCAAUGACACAGCAACAUGAAAAGGUUAUUGUAGAACAACCGUCUAGUUAUGAUAUAAAAUUAUCAAAUAAGUUGUCAGAAGAAUGCAGUUGUAAUUCACAAGAUACUUCGCAAGAAUUUCAUCCCCUGCCAGCUUCACAUCCUUUUUAUAAACUACAUGAAAUUGACUCAUCCCACUGGUCACUUUAUAUAUUUGUUAUCCAGUUACCAGUGACAAAACUGAAUAAUAAUAAUACAGAGCAAAAUAGUAGUAGUAGUAGUGUUACAGUCCAACCGACAGAAUCAAUCACCCCUCAAUCGCUACAAUCAUCGAAUACAAUAAAACGAUCAACUGGAGGGAAUCCAGCUACUUUAGGUGUCAGUGUCUCCGUGAGAAAAUUGAGUCAUAAUCGUAUGAAUGGGAUUAGUAUUGGUAGUAGUUGGGAUGUUGCUGGGUGUGGGGGUAGCGGUGGUGGGGAGGGUAAACGUACUGAUGAGAAGAUGGAUCAUGCCCUGGAUUCACAAUGGAAUGCUGUAUUUGUUCGUACUGUUAUUACUGGUGGUCCUGCUUAUCAGGAUGGACGUUUACAAGUUGGUGAUCGUUUAUUAACUAUCGAUGGUCAACCUCUAUCUGGUUUAUCUACAUCUGAUGCACUUAAUCGUUUAAAAUCAGUGAUUGCAAAAAAUUUAAAUGAAUAUCAUCCAUGUGUUCACCUGUUAAUUGCUCGUCGUCGUCAUAAAUUAACUAAUUCAGAUGAUUCAUAUGCUAAUUCUGUUGAAGAUACAAGUGAAAAUAGUACACAUAGUAAAAUGCUGAUUAUUCCUCAUCAGCAUAAAUCAAUUUCAGAAGUAACUAAAAAGAAGUCGUAUGGCGGUAGUAAUGGCGGUGAUGGUGAUCAUAAGGAUGAUGACCAUCAGUCGAAUUUACUGAUUGUCUCCGCUGUUGUCCAUUCAUCUGAAUCUAUUACCACUGGGAAUGUACAGGAUACUUUCGAUCGAAAUACAAAAUGUACACUAUCAUCACCAUCGUCAUCAGCAUCUGCUGCUGGUGCUGCUUGUACUUCUACGGAUUCUUCUUCGUCAUCAAUGGCAGCAGCAGUGUCCUCAACACAACAACAUCGUCAACAAAAACAGUCUCGCCUUGAUAUGGAUAAAAUAUGCCAGACUAAUAAAGAUGCGCUGAGGUCUUCACAGGCCAACUCUUCUAAAACUUCUCACCAUGGCCGUGGUGGUUCACAUAAAAAUGCUUUAAAAACUUCAUCCACAUUAUGCAAUACAAAAAAGUCAUGCAAGAUUAGUAAUCCUACUACUAGUGCUAUAACUACUACAAGUACUUGUACUUCUCUGAAUGAUAAUACCUGUUCCAUGGCUAUAACUGGUGUAAAUAGUCCUCUUCCUAAUAAGAGCAAAACUAAUAAUGUUCAUUGUGAUUCUCUUUGCACAAAGAAAAAUACUGUCAAUAGCUGUUCAGUGAACAAUGUUCGAACUGCUAUAAAUUGUUCAACUAAUGAUCAUUUGGAUUUCAUGUGUAAAUCAGAUAAUACCCAGUGUACAGAUGGACAUAAGAAUAAAAAUAAUAAUUUGAAUAAUUGUUUAAAUUCCAAGUGUUGUUACAAUAAUAAUGAUGAUCGGUUAGAUCAGAAUAAUAAUAAUAAUAGUUACAAAAAACGCAUAUCCAAUUAUUCAUCAUCCUCUACAGAAAUGUUAUACAGUUAUCAAAAUCUGUCUCAUCAACAAUCCAUAUAUGAAUAUUGUAAUGAUUCUACGUAUUGUCAUUAUAUGCCAACAGAUGAUUCAGAUUUAAAUUAUGAUGCUACACUUUCAGAUCCAGAAACAGAACGUUAUUAUUAUAAAUUAGAUUCAUUAAGUGAUUCAAAUAUGUCAUCAGUAUCUAGUAAAAUGAUUACACCGACGCCUACGCCUGCUACUACUACAACUGCAACUGCACCUACUAAUACGCACAAAGAAGGAUCAAGAACAAAGUUAGCCUCACAUACAUGUCGUAUGCAUUGUAAAUAUUCAUCACAUAAUAUUAGUAGUAGUAAUAAGUGUAAAUAUCGUGUUGUAUAUCGUCAGCCAAAAAUAGACUUUAGUCAAAUGGUACUUGUUCCCUUUGAUCCAUCAGCCUGGAAUGGUCCAGUUUUAAAGCCUAGAACAGCAUUGAAUUCAGAAGAAUUGAAACUUCUCGAUACGCCUAAAACAUCUGUCUCUUCUAGGAUUAACGGUGGUGUCGGCGCUGGGAGUACUAGCAGUAAUAAUACUUUAAUUCAAGACGAAAAUAUACAGAGAAGAGAAGAUAACAAGAUGAUGACUUGUGGUGUUAGUGGUGACCAAAACUCUGUCUCUGAUUCCGAUGAUGGCUGUACUGGUUAUAAACAAAAUUCCAAAUGUGUAAACAAUGAAACUGCUCGUCUAAGAAAGACCCCUCAUCCAAAAAAUGUCAUCGGUAAAUUAUUCAGUUUGGUUAAACCAACUACCCAUCGACGUAAUAAUGAUCAAAAUGCAACAACGAAUACAGAACAAGCUAUUGGUUGGCAAAAUGGUACAGAUAAUUUAGAAGCGAAUUUAUCUCGUGGACACUUGAUGAAUACCUUAGCAAAAGAUAAGACAAUAAAAGAUACAGUUAUUUGCAAUCAGAAUCAUUAUUCAAGGACUCAGAAUAAUGUUGUUGUAGUGCAUCAAGACAAUUCUGGAAAUAAUUUAAUUAAACCACAAUCAAAUUUAUCGAACGAUAUACAUUUCAGUACAAACAAUAAAACAAUAAUAACACCAAUAAAUAGUCAUGUAGAAAUGUCAUCAUCCUCAUCACCACCUUCGUCGUCACAUCCGUCUUGUUACGCAAAACUUCAUGAAAGACUAGAUCCUCCGAUACACAUCUAUGAUACUGCACAUAAUAUUCAAGCUAAUAUUAAUGACAGUGGAAAUGACUGUGGUAAGAAUCCAUGUAGUCCUCCACCUGAUGAACAAAUAAAUGUCGAUGUCAGAUACUCUUCUCAAAUGUUUAAAUUGUUUCCUGAGAAAGAUGUCAAUAAAACUCUGUCUAUAGAAGGUGUGAUGAACGAAAAGGAUACUGUGAAACUUUCUACAUCAACAGCGGCGGCGGCGGCGACUGUGACAACAAUAGUGACUGCUACGACAACAACUACAACUACUACAAAAUAUGCUGAUCUAACAUUUUUACCUAAUUCCUCCACAUUAAAAACAAACAUCCUAUUAUCAUCAUGUAUACCUUCGUCAGUCACUGGAAAUGCUAUUGAUCAAAAGACGACAACGACUACAAGAAUUAAUAGAACUGGUAAGGACUCAAUGAGUAGUACUAAUCAACAUCAUGAACAAGAAUCACAACAACUGCAUCGAUUCAAUCAACCAUAUUUUAAUAGUCUUUCUAAAAGUACUGUGAAUCGUUUGUAUGAUAUAGAAAUUAGCUCUUGUUCAACAGCCUAUGAAUCAGUUAUGGAAUUUGUACCGAACUGUGAUGACAAUGCUUCCAAACCAAAAACAACAAGAGAAGUUUAUGAAGAUGCUGAAGCACUUUAUCGACAUUUAUCAGAUUUAAAACAACAACACCACCAACAACAACUGAAUUCAAGUAAUUCAGAUAUUCAAACAACACCUGAUUCAUCAACACCUAGUCUUCAUCAGCAGGAACAACAUCAUCCUUAA